AUGGAGAUUGAGGUCGACGAGGACCUCCUGCGGACGGUCGCGACGGGUGGUCAGAUGGAUUAUGGUCUAUGGCCCGCCCUAUCGCAAGGAAUCAUCUCGAGGCUAGAUAAGAUCGCCCAUAAUGAAUUUCCUAUUCCGAACCUGCCCACCCCUCCUCAACCAAUUAACGCGUCAGGCCAACAACCGCGACUCCUCUCGCCGCUUCCUUCCUCCUCCAUCGAACCCGCCAGCAGCCUGCCUUCAUCGCAGGACGCCGACAAAGAGAACAGCAAGUCCAACGUCCCGUUGUCAUCGACGAUCCCCGUCGAAAGCGAAGCCGCCAACACUGCCGCCGCCGCCCCGGGGUCUCUUCCCGCCCAGAUCGUGUCCAUGCUCGAGGAGAUCAACUCCGUCCUGUCGACCUUUCCCAAGUACCCGCCGCAUACGAUUCAGCGCCUUGCGGAGCUUGUGCUCGAGCCACGCCGCCAUUACCGCCACCUAGCCUCGUACCUGCACGCCGUCGACCGUGUGGUUCACGUCACCAGCGGCGCAAACACCUACCCGCUCCCGCCGGCCAUCCCGGACAUGUCCACCAUGACCCUGCUGUCCAAUGGCGGUGCCAAUGACCAGGAGAACCCGGCCGCGGCCGUGGCCUGGAGCAACUCGACGAACUCGGUCGCCUCAACCGUCGGCACGGACGAAGCCCUCGGCGGCGCCCUACUAACCCCGAUUCCCUGGCUCACUCGCCGUGUGAGCCCGGGAUCCUCCUCACCGGGCUCUUCCAACGGGGGUGGCCCGGCUGAGAUCCGCACCGAGUCGACAGAGACCAUUGACGGUCCUAACGGUGUCGGCAGCAUCGAGACGGUCAGCGUUAGCGUCAACGGCAUACCGUCUAUGGGUGCGAGUAACAGCAACCGCGCGAUAACACAAGGUGAGUUACUGCGACAGGAGCAGGAGCAGGGCGUCGUUCCAGUCAACCAACUAGUGCGACAAGCAGAAGAAGCACAGCAUGCCGCAGCCCUGCGGAGCGGGGAUGACGGUAGAGCCGCCAGCCCCGAGCGGCAGGACCAGGAACAGCAGGGGCGGGAGCAGAACACCGGCGCCGCCGAAGAAGAGAACGAGGUUCCGCACGCUCGCGGGCCCGAGGAGAUUGGCGUCGGCGAUCUCGGCCCGCAGAGCGAGACGACAAGCUUCACCAGCGGCGGACCCAGCCUCGAGAUGCAGGGCAUCGACGUCGAGGCCGCGGUGGGCCGAAAGGCCGAGCAAACGCAUGCCACGCCCUCGCUCGAGGAUGCGGAGAAGGAGAACACCGCUGCGGCCGCCACGGGGGAGGAGGGGUCUGCCGAGGCAGCUGUCGACGACGCGGCGUCCGAUAUGAGCGUCACGUCGCAUCCAAAGCGCGACGCCGACGAGGAGCUCGACGGCCUCGCGAGCAAGAAGGUCAAGGAGCAUGAGGGCGACGUGGCUGGGGGCGCGCCAGAGGCCGCCACGGCUGACUCGUCGGGGAAGGGGGGGGUGGAGGAGGAGGAGGAGGGCAAGGCGGUGAAGAACGAGAUCGUGACGACUGGAGCCGAGACCGCCGCAGCUGAGCCAGAGACGAAGACGGAGGACACCGCAGCGGACAGUUGA